AUGGAUAUGUCUCCAUAUUGCCCUAGUUUUUGGAAAAGCGUGCCAGCUCCCAUUAGAAAUAGAACACCGGCAUACUGGGCUAUGAAACAGUUGAACAUGGAUUUGGAGGUCGCCGGUGAAAAGCGUUUACUGCAGCUCAAUGAGUUAGAUGAAUUCAUGAUGGAAGCAUAUGAAAACUCGAAGUCAAGGUGGUUGGGUCUUUACACUGUCACAAAAGUUCUGCCAUAUGGAACCAUACAGGUCAACCAUGAAACAAAAGAUACCUUCACAGUUAAUAGGCAAAGGCUAAAACACUAUUGGGGCAGUGACUUCUCCAAACAAAAGUCCACCGUUCAACUUGGGACACCUACUUGUAACAGAAGUGGGAAAGUCGAGCUAUUGACUAGAACAUAG